GGGAAAUUCUGGGUGCAGCGAUUAAACACGAUAUAAUUUUAUUUGUGAUUCCACAUGAAAGAUGAACUUCUGAUUGAAUCAAGAUGGAUAAUGUCAUAAAUCUGUGUCUUUUAAUUGUGGCUGUAUUAGGCGUAUGGUCUGUUGAAACAACACCACAACAAUAUUUUCGAAUGCAACCCCGAAAUAUUCGAGUACACGAAGGUGGAGAAGCAAUGCUGGAAUGUGAAAUCACACAUUUAGCAGGUGCUGUUCAGUGGACAAAAGAUGGUUUUGCGUUAGGAUUUAGUUCGGUGAUUCCCGGAUUUCCUAGAUAUUCAAUUGUUGGAGAUCGUCGACAUGGUGUAUUUAAUUUACGCAUCAGCAAUGCUUCAUUGGAUGACGAUGCUGAUUUUCAAUGUCAAGUUGGACCAGCCAAAUUUAAUAAAGCCAUUCGUGCAAAUGCAACUUUAACUGUUAUAUCGCGCGAAAAAAACCCAAUUAAAAUUCAAAUUCCUAAAAAAAUCGAUUUAUACACAAUAGCUGUAUCAUUUAUGGAAUAA